ACGCCAAAACUUCGGAGCGAGCCGAGCCGCCGUCAUGGGGCGAGCCGAGGAGCUGGUGCGGAUCGCAAAGAAACUGGAUAAGAUGGUGACCAGGAAGAACACGGAGGGAGCUCUCGAUCUGCUGAAGGAACUGAACAGCUACACCAUGACCAUCGAGCUGCUGCAGACCACGAGAAUUGGUGUGGCUGUUAACACUGUCCGGAAGCAGUGCUCGGAUGAGGAGGUGGUGGCCCUGGCGAAAAUCCUCAUCAAGAACUGGAAACGGCUGCUAGAGUCCUCGGAGACCCCGAAGAGAGACAAGACCUUGGAAGGGCAAAAGAAUAAAAAAGAAAAAAGUCUCGACUUUCCCAGCUGGCAGCCUGAUGAGGCGAAUUCCCAUCCAGUGAAACUCUGCCAAAGCCCAGCCGAGAAGCACAAGGAAAAACACAAAGAAAGGAAAUCCAGCAAGUUCAGCUCUCAUGCAGCAACCCCCAAGAGUCAUUCUGCAGACUCCAAGCCAGACAGGGAGGCCAGCGACUGCAGGGCCCUUCCCGCUGCCUCUAAAAAGUUCCACUCGGACGGCAAGAAGGAGAGGAGAGACUCUGCAGACUCCAGAGCUUCCACCGUCACCACUGCCUCCUCCUCGGCCUCUUCCUCCCCUCAGAAGAGACCGUCGGUGGAGAGAGCCAGCAGCACCAAACCCAAAGCCCAGACGCCCAGCAGCCCCUCCAGCCCCACGUUUGCGCCGACCAUCUGCUUCCUGGCGUCCUGCUACCUCACAGGAGACUCGGUCCGGGACAAGUGCAUCGAGAUGAUCUCCGCUGCCCUGAAAAUGGACGAUGAUUACAAACAGUUCGGCGUCAACUGUGACAAGAUGGCCUCUGAAAUCGAAGAUCAUAUCUUCCAGGAGCUGAAGAGCACAGACAUGAAGUACCGCAACCGUGUGAGGAGUCGUAUCAGCAACCUGAAGGACCCCAAGAACCCCAACCUGCGGAAGAACGUGCUGAAUGGAGCCAUCUCCCCCAGCCUAAUUGCUAGGAUGACAGCAGAGGAAAUGGCGAGCGAUGAGCUGAAAGAGCUGAGGAACGCCAUGACCCUGGAAGCCAUCCGGGAGCAUCAGAUGGCGAAGACCGGGGGCACCACCACCGACCUCUUCCAGUGCGGCAAGUGCAAGAAGAAGAAUUGCACUUACAACCAGGUCCAGACCCGUAGUGCUGAUGAGCCCAUGACAACGUUCGUGCUGUGUAACGAGUGCGGGAACCGCUGGAAGUUCUGCUGAGGCCGCCUCCGGACCACCAGCGGAGACGCUGCAGCCUGACAGCGAAGGAAAAUCUCUGACCAUCCAAAUUUGAAAAUGGGGGUGGGGGAGGGGAGGGGAAGAGAAGUAACUUGUCGAGAGAGGAGCUGCAAGUCCCUCCCUGUUGGCUCCCGAGAAUGUAAUGAGGAUUCACUCUCUGGCUGGGGGAGGGAUUGUUUGGCAAAAGCCGGGGGGUAGGGGUACCCGAGCCUCCAGCCCGCAAGGUGCAAGGCCAGGGUGCCACAUUAGGAGACUCUGCUGUGGUGAUGUAUAUAUUGUGACUGGAGUUACCAUUGGACCUGAGGCGGGAAGGACCUACUGGGUCGUUCCAGCCCCCGAAGGAAGCAGCCUGUGCUUGGAGCGGGAUGGGCAGGUUUCCCCUGGGCUCUUUCCAGAGGCUUUGGGGUGUUCUCUGAGCUCCCAGCCCGUCGUCUAGCAGCAGCCGAGCUGCAGAGGCGCCCACCCCCGGCACAGGCGCCUUUCCCUUUCGUUGCCCGGCGUAAGCUGAAUCGGUUUGUUUUGAUGAGCCGGAUGCUCCCCGGUCUCAACGGCCUGUGUCAGUCUGGGCGGCGACGGGGAAUCUCCCAUGGGGACGUUGCUAAGAAAAUGAGGCUUUCCGAAUCCCGGGCGGUGUUUGCUUUCGGAGGCAGAGGCUUCCUGCCCAGGGCAAUCCACAGUCAGGUUUGUCUCCUUAGGGGAGAGGCGGGGGGCAUCUCCCAUCUCUCCCUCUCCUCCUCCCCCCCCCUCCACUCUGCUCCGGCUAAGCACAACUUUCCAGGGCUGUCAGCAGCAGUCCUCGCACAAGCCACCAGGGGGCACUGAAAGCCCAUUGCACUGGACAGCACCCUGGAGUCCUGCUGGUGACCUCCCAGGUCUCGCGGCUGGCGCUGCCAGGGGCCUGCGCAGCUUCCAGCAUUUGUGUGUGUUUCUUACAGACUUAAUUCUAAUGCUACACUUACGGGGCCCCCGAGCAGUUCUCCAGCACAGUUAUCACUCAGCUCCCUGUGGAUUCACCAGGCUGAAGGGCUGCUGGGUGGUGUGUGGGUGAGGGGGUUUCCGUGGGGUUGAAGAUGGCUGGGUGAUCAGGGUGCAAUACAUGGGAGAGGAGGCAGACGGUUGUCUGUACGGGGGGGUCGUUUUCCGAGUGUGGCCAUGCCUCUGAGGCACAAAACCCCCCCUUGCAAAAGCAUGUAAGGGUGUGUCUGCACCGUUACUUGGAGAUAACACGUGUUAUUUCGAAAUAACAAUGCGAGCGUUUACACGGCCAGUCUGUUAUUUCAAAGUAAUUUCGAAAUAACGGACGGCUUAUUCCGAAAUCUGUCAACCUCAUUCUGCGAGAAAUAACGCCUCUUCUGAAAUAGCUAUUUCGAAAGAAGGCGUGUGUAGACGCUCCACUGCUGCUAUUUCGAAAUAGCCCCUCCCCAGGGCUAUUCGAAGUUAUUCCUCCCCUUCUGGGGCUCUACAUCGAGAUAGCAUGGCUACAUUAGGGGAGCCGGCCUCGGACUCAUUUUGAGGCUUCCCUGCAGUGUAGACGUGCUGUUUCGAAAUAAGCUAUUCUGGAAUAGUUUAUUUCGAAAUAGCCAGGCAGUGUGGACGUACCCUAAGGGACUAGAAGAUUGUCAACAGAGGGAGCCGGGCUGCCUUUAACCCCUCCUCCCAAAGGGCAUUUUGGUGGCACAGCCCCGGAUCAUUAAUCCUCUGUCCAGCCAGCGAGGGCUUUCCUGCCCUUCGGCGAGAAAUCCAUUGAAUGACACCGAGUUCCUGUUUUAAAACCACCCACCUUCCUUUCCUGCAUGAGAAGGUAGGAGCUGAAGGCUCUGGAACGAGGGAUGCAAAGUUAGGGCUUUACCUGCCCCCAUUCCUGGGCGUCAAUUUUUCCCAAUGGUGACUUGUUUCCUGAGGACUGGGUAUUGCACAAAGCCGGGACUCCUGUUCCCUGCUAUCCUUUAUCCUGGAACCUGAGUUCUCCCGUAUUGCAACCUCCCCCAUCCCUGCCAAGCUCCGUUACUCUUUGUUGUAAAUAAUUGUGCCCUUUCGUAGCCUUUGCGUAGCCUGAUUUCAGGGGGGGUUGGCCAUGGGAAACUCCUGGCAAGGGAGGCUGUUCUUAACGGUGCGCCUGACCCAAGUGGAGCAGGAAUCCCAUGGGGACGUUGUUACUCGGAGCCACCUCCUAGCUUCAGCCCCAGACUUGUAAUCACUCUGAACUGGGGAGAUUUCUGAGCUUCACCUAGUGAGAAUGGAACCCCCUGGGCCCCGUGCUCACAGGCUGGGCGAGCAUUUCGGAUGGGGUGGAGGAGGGCCGGGGUGGGGACAGAGUGUCAGAGCUCCUGCCACUUCAGGCUCAGGGUGCAAGCUGCGUUGGGCCUGCCUCCUCUCAUCCUGUCUCCACCAGCUAGAGCCGCAGGGCCCCUCCCCGCCAAAUGAAGCAUGUGGAUCAGCCGGCUUUGUUUUUUCUCGUAGGCAGAACGUGUCCCCGCUCUGCCCAUAAAGGGGGGUGAAAAGAGGGGGAAAAAAUCUCCAGUUAGAGCAAUAAAGGUGUAAAAAGAG